UGCUAUGAAAUCGUAUUAUUCAAUUAUUUAAUAAAACUAAACAAAUCUUGAGAUUACCACUGUUUUACUCGUAAUAUUUGCCUCUCACCAGUAGGUUUAUUCAGACAAAGCACGAGUGCAAGAUUGUGCAAAAACAGGAAAACACACAAAGGCCACUAUGUCAGAAACGAAAUCGUACGUAAAUUUCUCGUGCCAGCGCUGUCUGCAGCCGUUGAAGCUGGACGAGUCUUUGGACAAACUCGGGGAGCACACCAUCGCCGACCUGACUCUGCAGAUCCACCGCAACAACGAGAUCGACCUUGAACUGCAGUCAUCCAGCCUCGACCACUAUGUCCCCCCAUUCCGGAUGUCGGAGUCAGGCAAUGGAGCCAAUGGCUUCAUGGUCAUCUCAGACGGAUGGGAGACCACCUCGCUCGGACAUCAGAUACAUGUGAAAGCAACAUUAUUUGAUUGUUUGUCAAAUAACUCGGAUGUUGAUCAUCCUCUUUGCGAUGAGUGCACUGAUACGCUGCUAGAGUUGAUGGAUAACCAGUUAAGGCUGACUGAAGCCGAGUGGAAGGAUUAUAGUGAUUAUUUAAAAAAGCUAGAGGAUGAUAAAGAGGAUUUGAAUUUGGAAGGCCUGGAAAAAGAGUUAGAUGAUUGGAAGCAGGAACAAACUAGGCUUCUUCAGGAGUUGUCAGCAUUGCAGAAAGAAGAAAAGGCUAUGAAUGAUGAGAUUGAGAUACAGGAGAAAGAAAAAGAGAGACUAGAGAAGGAACAGGAUACUUACUGGAAAGAAUACACAAAGUACAGAAAGGACUUGAUGACAACUGAAGAUCAGAUGAAGUUUUACGAAACACAGCUAUCGUACACCCAAACCCAACUCGAAAAGCUACAGAAGACCAACAUAUUCAAAGCCACAUUCCAUAUUUCUGACUCAGGCCAGUUUGGUAUUAUUAACAACUUCCGUCUGGGCCGCCUACCAUCUGCCCCAGUGGACUGGUCCGAAAUAAAUGCAGCGUGGGGCCAAACUGUCUUACUACUAUACUCCUUGGCACGCAAAAUAAACUUUUCAUUCCAAAGGUAUCGUCUAGUUCCUUAUGGCAAUCACUCAUAUGUUGAAGUCAUUGACGACGGGAAAGUUCUUCCGCUUUAUGGGUCAGGAGGAUUCCGUUUCCUGUGGGAUACCAAAUUUGAUGCAGCAAUGGUGGCUUUCUUGGAUUGCCUCCAGCAAUUCAAAGAGCAAGUUGAGAAGGGCAAUACUGGGUUCUGUCUGCCCUACCGCAUAGAUAAAGGAAAAAUAGAGGACACUGCUUCCCCUCCACAUGCAUAUUCCAUCAAAAUACAAUUUAAUUCUGAAGAACACUGGACCAAGGCUCUCAAGUAUAUGCUAACAAAUCUAAAAUGGGCCUUAACUUGGAUCUCAUCACAGUUUAACGAGGAGAAGUCGGAAAAUAAUAGUGUUUGUGAAAUGUAGGAAAUGUUUUUAUUUAAUGUUAUUUUAUAUUUAUUAUUAGUAUGUCCCAUGUACCUUUGUAUUGUAAUAGAAAUACACAACUGUUUUUUU